UAGUACAAUAAUUUAGUAAAGAAUAUUGUCUUAUUUUGUAUAACCAUAUAUACAUUAUCAUCUAUUAUAUUUUUGGUCGGGGCCCACUGCCCCAUGUGAUCCCACUAUCAAAAGUUCGAGUGGUGUUCGGAUAGCUUACGAAAGUAGCACACCAACUUGCCCAAGUGGUUCUCGGCGGCGCACUAGAAGUUUAAAACCACACAAAUAACAAACCAAAAUACCCUAAACACUCCAAUAACAAGCAAAAAUAAUAAUGGAAGAGAGAAAAGAAAGGAGAAUAAUCAUGUUCCCUUUACCUUUCCAAGGACACUUCCACCCAAUGAUCCAAAUCGCCAGAAUACUCCACCACCAUGGCUUCUCAAUCACCAUCCUUCACACCUCUUUCAACUUCCCCGACCCUUCUUACUACCCAAACUUCACUUUCCGAACCAUAUAUCACCACAACGAAGAACAAGAAGACCCUCUAUCUAAACCUGAUGCUUCAGGUAUGGACCUUGUUACCUUCAUUCGUCAGCUGAGACAAAGCUACGCGGACCCGUUUCGAGAGUCUUUGGCGGCGGAAGUAGGCGGUGGAGAGACGGAGUGUUGUUUGGUCUCCGACGUUGUGUGGGGUAGGACCUCGGAGGUUGCAGCGGAAGAGGUUGGGAUUAGAAGGAUGGUGUUGAUCACAAGUGGUGUGGCGUCUUUUUAUGCUUUUGCCGCUUACCCUCUCCUUAGAGAUAAGCAUUACCUUCCUAUACAAGAUUCUAGACUGGAUGAGCUAGUGACCGAGCUUCCUCCUUUGAGAGUGAAGGACCUUCCGGUUAUGGAAACGAACGAGCCAGAGGAACUAUACCGGGCAGUUAACAACAUGGUGGAAGGAGCCAAGUCUUCUUCAGGAAUCAUAUGGAACACAUUCGAAGAUCUUGAAAGAACCACACUCAUGAAUUUUAGUCCCGAGUUUCAAGGUCUCAUAUUUCCUGUCGGACCGUUUCAUAAACAUAGCGAAAAUAUUCUUCUUACGACAAAGAACAAAGAAAACCAUGUAACAACUGAAUGGCUCGACAAGCAAGACCCGCAGACUGUGGCCUACGUGAGUUUUGGAAGCCUUGCAGAUAUAGAGGAGAAGGAGUUUCUCGAGAUUGCUUGGGGUCUAAGAAACAGUCAACGGCCGUUCCUGUGGGUGGUUAGGCCGGGGAUGGUCCAAGGGACUGAGUGGCUCGAGUCAUUGCCUUGUGGUUUUGUGGAAGACAUUGGUCAUAGGGGAAAAAUUGUGAAAUGGGUGAAUCAGCUAGAAGUAUUAGCACAUCCUGCGGUUGGAGCUUUUUGGACGCAUUGUGGAUGGAACUCAACGCUAGAAAGCAUAUGUGAAGGUGUUCCAAUGAUAUGUACACCGUGUUUCACGGACCAGUGUGUGAAUGCGAGGUACAUUGUUGAUGUAUGGCAAGUUGGGAUGAUGUUGGAUAGAAAUAAGUUGGAUAAGAAGGAGAUUGAGAAGGUAUUAAGAAUAAAGGAAAUGGGAGAAGGAAUGAGAGAGAGUUGCUUGAACUGGAAAAAGAGAGCUAGUGUUUGCUUAAGUGAACAUGGAUCUUCUUCCAAGUACUUAGAAAAACUUGUAGGUCAUGUCCUGUCUUUUGAUUCAUAUGCUUAUGCAAGUUAAAUUUCUUACAAAGGAGCAAUGGUUUGAAAGAACUUAUCAAACCAAUUAACUUUUGCAUUUCUGUUUAUUCUUACAAUAUUAUUGUUGGUUUAUUUUGUUAUAUAUAUGAAACUAUUAAAGAAUAAAAAUAAAUUGACUCAUUGGGUUUUAAAGUUUUGUGAAAUAAUACAAGCAUC